AUGGUUUGCAAUGCUCUCAUAAUUUCCACCUUAUUAUCUUUUCUUGAAACCAAUGAUCCUUUAAGAGCUUGGAAUAAUGAGACUCUACGAUUACUCGAUUGGAUUAUAAAAGCAACAUCUAUCCAACUCAUCAAAGAAGAAAAAUAUCAACAGGAUUCAGGGCAAUCACUUGAAAGUUUUUCCAAGAUUACUCCAUCUUCAUUGCCUAAGAACACUGGAGGAGGAACUUGCCCAUCUUGUCCAAUGUUGAAUAGAGCGGCCAUCAUUAUUAUGCGACAAUAG